UUUAUCGACCAAACAGAACUCGAACAAUUUGAUGGUGUAUCCGCUGGUAAAUAUACCAUCGGUUUGGGUCAGACCCAAAUGGGAUACUGUGAUGACCGUGAAGAUGUCAAUUCCAUUGCACUGACUACCGUGCAAAAUCUCGUCGAAAAGUACAAUAUCUCUUACAAGGAUAUCGGUUUUCUUGAAGUUGGUACUGAGACUAUCAUUGAUAAAUCAAAAUCUGUAAAAAGUGUUUUAAUGCAACUCUUUGCUGAAUCUGGAAACACCAAUGUCGAAGGAAUUGACAGUAAAAAUGCUUGUUACGGAGGUACGAAUGCUCUUUUCAAUGCCUUGAACUGGAUAGAAUCGUCUUCUUGGGAUGGUCGUUAUGCACUUAUUGUUGCCGCAGAUAUUGCAGUAUAUGCUACAGGACCAGCACGUCCUACUGGUGGCGCCGGAUGUGUUGCAUUGCUCAUUGGUAAAGAUGCACCAAUUGUUUUUGAUCGUGGUCUUCGUGCAACUCACAUGGAUCACGCAUGGGACUUCUAUAAACCUGAUUUAUCUUCAGAAUUCCCAGUGGUAGACGGACACCUCA